UGGCAUUGGGCAUUCCUGUUUUGUUGAUUAUCGACCGGAAACAAAACGUGAGUCUCAUUCGAUAGCAGGGUUCUUUCGUUUUACAUCUUCGGUUGGAACAGUCGCUUGAUUCACAAAUAUGGCAGACCUAGACGAUCAUUUUGACACGGCCGAUUCCGGAGCAUCGACCACUUAUCCGAUGCAAUGCUCGGCCCUACGCAAAAACGGAUUUGUUAUGUUGAAGUCGAGGCCAUGCAAAAUUGUCGAGAUGUCUACAUCCAAGACCGGAAAGCACGGACAUGCUAAAGUUCAUAUGGUUGGAAUUGAUAUUUUUUCCAACAAGAAAUAUGAGGAUAUUUGCCCAUCUACUCAUAACAUGGAUGUUCCCCAUGUUAAACGUGAAGACUUCCAGUUGAUUGCCGUCAGUGACGACAACUUCCUCACCCUAAUGUCGGACGGCGGAGACUUGCGUGAAGACUUGAAGGUACCAGAUGGUGAGAUUGGCGAAUCAUUACGUGCUGAUUUUGAUAAUGGCAAGGAGUUACUGUGCACUGUGCUUAAAGCAUGUGGAGAGGAGUGCGUUAUUGCAACUAAGAACAAUACGGCUCUGGACAAAUAAACAAAACGUGUUGCCGUUAAUUUCUGUUGCAUUUACAUCUGAAGCAAAUUUAUUCAAAGAUGCUGUUAUAGGCUAGUUGGCUCUACAUCUUAAAUCUGGUUCUGAAGAUCGUAAUAAAUAAAACAGAAACUCGAA